AAGAAAACAGAAACAACUCGGAUACUAUCAGCUGAUUGAGUGACUUGAGUGUAUUAAGUUUUUUUUUAUAUGUGGGCUUCAGUGUCUAUUAAACUCUUGUUGUGAUAACUUUAAAGUUUUUGUUUAAGAAAAAUGGUGCAUGCAGAGGAAAUUGUAAAGAUAACCCAAAACCUUAUCGAUGUCAUUAAUCGAGGUGACUACGGAAGUUAUGAAGAAAUUUGCGAUCAUGAGAUGUCUGCAAUUGAACCGGAAUCUUUCGGACAAAUUGUUAUUGGAUAUCCUUUCCACAAAUUCUAUUUUGAUAAUGCGUUGAAUCAUUCAUCAAUAAAUAAUACGAUGGUUAACCCAAGUGUUCAUAUAUUGGGUGAAGAUGCUGCAUGCAUUGCUUACGUUCGGCUGACGCAAUAUCUUGAUAAACAUAAUCAGACUCAUACGCAUCAGUCAGAGGAGACAAGAGUGUGGCAACGAAAAGAUGAUAAAUGGCGUUGUAUUCAUCUGCAUCGCAGUUACAUCGGAAAUCAAGGUUCAAUGACACCAUUUGAGGGAAAAUAAAAAUAUAAUAUCAAUUGAUCAACCUCAAUCUUCUUCUACAACCCGCAAGUCAUUACGUGUUUAUUAUUGACCUCUUCGAAAAUAUUAUCAGAGUUCAAUAAAACGAAAUAUUAAACUUCAUUACACAAUUUUUCGAGUCGUUUCAUGUAUCGAUUCUAAUUAUGUUGCGCUUAUCUAAUUAUCCAUUUAUUUACCUGUCAUUAUCAUGAAGCAAGGAGAACUGAUAAGAUAAAAAUAAAUAUAUAAUUUAUUUACACAAUGAAUAUA